CAAAAGACUGUCAUCAUUUUCAUGAAUAAAUUACCUCAAAAUUCGCAUAACCGCCAUCGCUGAAGGUUGUUGCUCAUGCUGAUCGAUUCGGUUUCUGCUCUCUCUCUGCUUACUUUAAUUGAGCUCUAUACACAAUCAAGGAAGUGACUUCACAGAUUUGUGUUUUCAAUCGAGGAAGAGACUUAACAGUUAACAGGUUGUUGCAUCGUCUGUCUUAUGUGAUUCUUUUUGUUAAGGCUUAUUUUACGAGACUCUGUGAAUGACGAUCGAGCUGAUCACUAUUAGCAGGAGGUCGAUUAAAUUUUUGAAUUUUAAUUGGUGUGAGAAGAAUUUAGAUGAUGAAUAUUACUGUUCCUGAAUUCGAAGCGGACGAGGAUUACUUAAUUCAGGGGUCGCCCAAGACAUCGAUAAUGGGUGGAGAUGAAGAUGUCAUGGAGCUGCUAUGGCAAAAUGGUCAAGUGGUGAUGCAGAGCCGAAAUCAGAGAUCAGUCGGGAAUAAGAAGCCAGAAACGAGGCCGCCGGUGGGCAGUAGAGACAUCCGAUCCUCCGUCGUUGAAGAAGAGACGGGGCCUUCUGACUUGUUCAUGCAAGAAGACGAGAUGGCCUCUUGGCUUCAUUACCCCGUCGACGACAAUACGUUAGAAGGCUAUCUAUACAGUAACGAUCUCCUCUAUCCUACGCCGCCAUCCUCUACUCCCGUGACCACCACCCCUUGCUCCCUCCCACCGCCUCCACCUCCGUCCAUAAUGAUUCCUUCUCCUCGCCCACCGGUCGCCCCAAUCAGGCGCGUGGAAUUGGAAUCAGGACAACCCAAGUAUCCAAAUUUCUUGCAUUUCUCGAGGCCUAAUAAACUCAGAACUCCAGAAUCAGGCCCUUCUAGUUCGAACGAGACCCCGGCGGUAGCAGCACCGGAAUCAAGGGCUUCGCGUGUGUCGGAUAAACUGACGCCGGUUUCUGCAGCGAACAUAGGACGUAGCGCAGCAGGUACAUCAUCGGCGGGGAGGGAAAUAGAGACAUGUGAACGAAGCGUGACGUCAUCUCCGGGUUCGGGUGGCUCAGGAGCAAGCGGCAGUGUAGACCCAUCUUCUCAAAAGCCACCGCCACCAACAACCGAUGAUCAUCGGAAGCGCAAGGGCAGAGAUACGUACGACACCGAAUGUCACAGUGAGGACGUUGAGUUCGGGUGUCUAGAUGCAAAGAAGCAAUCACACGGAUCGACCUCCACGAAAAGGUCCCGUGCUGCAGAGGUCCACAAUCUCUCAGAGAGGAGACGUCGAGAUAGGAUUAAUGAAAAAAUGAAGGCCUUGCAAGAACUAAUACCUCGUUCCAAUAAGUCCGACAAAGCUUCGAUGCUGGACGAAGCAAUUGAAUACUUGAAGUCUCUUCAAAUGCAAGUUCAGAUGAUGUCGAUGGGAUGCAACAUGGUUCCUAUGAUGUUCCCAGGUGUCCAACAAUACAUGCCGCCCAUGGCAAUGGGGAUGGGGAUGGGGAUGGGGAUGAGCAUGAGCAUGGACAUGGGGAUGAACCAUGUCAUGGUUCCAUAUCCCGCCAUUCUUCCAGGUUCGUCGGUACUCCCCAGCCCGGGUACUCAUAUGGGCCCACGUUUCCCGGUUCCCGGAUUUAACAUCCAUCCAGUUAAUGCCACGUGUCCUGCAACGAGUCAAGCCACUAACCUCUCAGCUCCAAUGAUGAGUUCAUUUCCUCUACAUAAUCAAAACCAACCACAAGUUCCAAAUUUCGCUGAUCCGUUUCAACAGUACAUUGGUCUACGACAUCAAACACCAUCACCGCUUCCUCAGAAUCAUCAAGAAGGGAUGGCCCCCACUGCAACGAAGCCAAGCAGCAGCAAAGAUCCUAUCGACCCAGAUCAUCACCAAAACGGUACAUAUAUAGCUAGCUUAUGUGAAUUUACAGGAAAAAGGGCAAGUAGUUUAUUUAUUAGGUAAUAUUCAUUGAUUUUCAGGUUGAUUAUGGAGCGGUUAUUCAGAAACAGGCUUCUUAGCCAACUAAAUUUUGUAGCGUAAGAGCUAGGAUCCGUGUAACGUGUAAUUAUACAAAAUGCUAAAAAAAAAAAAAAAAAAAAAAAAAAAAAAAAAAAAAAAAAAAAAAAAAAAAAAAAAACUUUCUUUCUUUUUAUUUUCUUUUCUUUACCAUUACCAACAUAUAUGUACCACUGAUUCCCCCACGUCUCGAGUAGAUUCUUGACUUGAAUCAUGGUAUACAACAAUAGAAAAUGUGAUGGAAUGACACGUUUUUACUUUUUACUGCAUUAAUAUUGUUCUUUGUCGUGAUUUUUAACGAGUUUGGAACCCAAAACUCGAUUCUUGAUGUGCUGGAAUUAACCCAGCUAAACAUGUGUGGUCGAUAUGGUGUUGCAAUCAUUGUCGAUGUUUUGUUGGUUUCGGAAUCUUUUGGAUGUCAAGUUUGUGGCCAAUUGCCAAUAAUGCCUUGUGGUAUGAUGCUUUUUUGGGAAUUGUUUUUGGGCAGUCAACUUAUCAGGCCCCAUAUAUAGAGGGAAUUCAGUAGCUAAACCUUAUGUGUUUACAUUUUUUCUUCUAUAAAAUAUACUAUUAAAUAACAAACUAACUUAUUAUUUUACUAUAAUUUCGUUAUUUAAUUUUUUUACUUGACGUUAGGCAUUGUGGUGUUUGAUUUUUUAUUUUAAGUGCAUUUGGAUAAAGAUAUUUUGGUCAAUUAGUGUUUGUCAACCCAAAUGGAUAAGAGACACAAAUGUAAUACAACGGAUAAGUCCACCAUCCAGCCAUCUACUUCCAACUAUACCAUUGUAUUCUUUCUCAACUUGAAAUGAAUUCAAUGGAACUUACAUUAAAUCCAAAUCACUUGAACUUAUUCGAAUUAAAUUUAACAUACAUGCAUUUUUUAGGGUUAAUGUAGAGCUUUUGAGAAUUUUGGGAGUUUUUAGUUUUUUAAGUAAAAAUCUGAAAAGAAAAAAAAAA